AUGUCAAAGCUACCAAGAAUGGAGCCUCUAAACUUAAGCGAAGCUGAAAGCGACCCACAGCUCAAGCGAACAUUCCGUGGUCACCGUGGGACAGUCACAGCUGUCGACAUAAGCCCUAAUUUAAAGCAAGCUUUAUCCGGAUCUGAAGACGCUACACUUCAAGUUUGGCACUUUAAGCCUGAAACAAGGCCAUAUCGCUUUAUAGGUCACAAAAGUGCUAUAACAGACGCCGCAUUUUCUCCAAGCGGCGAUUUAAUAGCUUCAUCUUCUAAAGAUGAGACCGUCCGCCUGUGGCAAAACAGCAUUGAAGGGCGCUCAGUAACUCUUCGCGCUCAUUCAGCAGCUGUCCGAAGCGUCUGUUUUUCCUGUGAUGGUGCUUUAUUAUUAACAGCCUCUGACGACAAGACUAUCAAAAUCUGGACCGUUUCUGAUAGAAAAUUCCAAUACUCAUUACUCGGCCAUGCAAAUUGGGUAAGAGAUGCAAAAUUCAGCCCAGAUGCUCGAAUGGUAGUAUCAGGUAGUGAUGAUAAAACAGUUAGACUAUGGGAUUUGGGGUCUAAAGCCAAUAUUCAUUCUUUUUCAGACCAUUCUGCAGUCAUUCAUGCUGUAAGGUUUCACCCAGAUGGGACAUGUGUAGCUGCAGGAAGUGCGGAUAAAAAAAUCAAGAUCUGGGAUGUUAGGUCACAAAGGAUUUUGCAGCUCUACAUUAUUUAAAAGUCUUAAAAAGAAUUAUCUGAAUUGCUUUUCUUUUAAAUGGCCUAUAAUUUUUUUUUUUGAAAAAUUAAAAUUUAUUUUUAGUCAAAAAUUUAUAGUCAAAAUUUUGCAGCAUUAUGAUGCUCAUGCAGAUGCAGUUACGUCUAUUUCAUUCCAUCCUUCUGGAAUGUACUUACUUAGUUCUUCUAAAGAUGCAACCUUAAAAAUCUGGGACUUAAGGCAAGGACAAGUAUUAUAUACACUAUACGGCCAUGAAAGAGCUGCAACUGCUGUCAAUUUUUCUAAUAAUGGAGAAUAUUUUGCAUCUGGAGGAGGAGACAGUAUGGUAAUGGUCUGGAGGGCAAAUCUUGAAAAUCAGCUACAAGGAAGAGGAGAAAGGCCUUCAGCAAUGGACAGAAGUGGAGACCUUCAGGUUGAAGUAAGAAAUUCUAUAAACAAAACACCUUUAAUGCAAAAAAAUACAGAAAAUGAAAAUGAGCCAGAAAUUAAGCCACUUCAAUUAGGAAAUAAAAGCCAAAAUCUGCAGGAAACUGGAAGGUCAAAUGAAUCUAAACGAGCAAGCAGAAUUCCAGAGGAGCUUACGUCUGUGCUUGACAGGAUUAAUACAAGAUUAGAUGUGCUGACAAGGACAAUAGUACUGCUAGAACAAAGGGUGUCGAAAUUUGAAAACCAUGUGGAGUAUCUUGAUAUGGUGACAGCUGGAAAUGAGGAGCAGCUACAGGAGUUUCAGCCGACAGCACCACUUGAGCAUUUUCAAUAA